AUGCCUAGGAAGACACGAGGGGGAACGCCAGAACCUGCUGGAGGGUAUAGAGAGCUAAACGAAGAAGAUCCAGAGGCUUGGCCGUUAUUAGUGGCUUUUGAUCUUGACUAUACAUUAUGGGAUCUCUGGAUAGACACACAUAUAAGUCCGCCGAUUAAGAGGAAAGGCGAUGUGUUGAAUCAACUGGUAGACCGCCGCGGUCAAGAUCUCUCAUUUUAUAGAGAAGUUCCCUCCAUUCUUGCAGAGUUGAAACGAAGGAGGAUACAUGUUGCUGCGGCGUCACGGACAAGUGCACCUGAGUUAGCGAGAGAAGCGUUGGGUAUGUUGUUGUUACCUUCUGAAGAAGGUGGUGAUCAUGUUAGGGCUAUAACGUAUUUCAACACUAUGGAAAUAUAUCCAGGAUCGAAAUUGAGACAUUUCAAAGAGAUACAUAGGAAGACAGGUAUACCGUACGAUCAAAUGCUAUUCUUCGAUGACGAGCAUAGGAACUACGAAGUAGAAUCUCUAGGCGUGACGAUGCAGCUCGUACCUUCCAGUGGGACAGAUAGAAAGCUGUGGAAUGAUGGAUUAACGCUAUGGAGGAAGCGGAGGGGAAUCAAGAUUAUCAGACCAUGA